AGCAGUCGCGCGUCGUCGGGGCGGCCGGCAGCGGCGGCUCCAGGGCCCAGCAUGCGCGGGGGGCCCCGCAGCCACCAUGUAUGUGGGCUAUGUGCUGGAUAAGGAUUCUCCCGUGUACCCCGGCCCCGCCAGGCCCGCGAGUCUCGGCCUGGGCCCGCAAGCCUACGGCCCCCCGGCCCCGGCCCCCGCGCCCCCGCAGUACCCCGACUUCGCCAGCUACUCUCACGUGGAUCCGACCCCCGCGCCCCCUACGGCCUGGGGCGCGCCCUUCCCUGCGCCCAAGGACGACUGGACAGCCGCCUAUGGCCCGGGGCCUGCGGUCCCCGCGGUCCCCGCCGCCAGCUCAGCUCCUCUGGCAUUCGGGCCCCCUCCGGACUUUAGCCCGGUGCCCGCGCCCCCUGGGCCCGGCCCGGGCCUCCUGGCACAGCCCCUGGGCGGCCCGGGUUCACCGUCCUCGCCCGGAGCGCAGAGGCGGACGCCCUACGAGUGGAUGCGGCGCAGCGUGGCGGCCGGAGGCGGCGGUGGCAGCGGCAAGACUCGGACCAAAGACAAGUAUCGCGUGGUCUACACCGACCACCAGCGCCUGGAGCUGGAGAAAGAGUUCCAUUACAGCCGUUACAUCACCAUCCGGCGGAAAUCAGAGCUCGCUGCCAAUCUGGGGCUUACUGAACGGCAGGUGAAGAUCUGGUUCCAAAACCGGCGGGCAAAGGAGCGCAAAGUGAACAAGAAGAAGCAGCAGCAGCAGCAACAGCCCCCACAGCUGCCGGCAGCCCUUGACGUCACCCCCACCCCAGCCGGGACACCCCUGGGGGGCCUGUGCCCCAGCAACACCAGCCUCCUGGGUACCUCCUCCCCAAUGCCUGUCAAAGAGGAGUUUCUGCCAUAGCCUUGUGCCCAGCCUUGUGCGCUGGGGGCCUGGGGACUCAGGUGCCGGGAAUGUGGCUCCUGUGGGGGGUCUGAGUCCCAG